AUGAAUGUCUGGAAAGCCUAUAACACCUUCAACAGCAGUAAUGGAACAGAUCUAGCUGUUGGCUUUACAUCUUCUGCAGUAGCUGUCCUUUUAUUCGGGACAAACUUCGUGCCUGUCAAGAAAUUUGAUACUGGUGAUGGCAUGUUUUUCCAAUGGAUUCUCUGUGCUUCCAUAUGGAUAGUUUCUUUGGUGGUCAAUCUCAUCCGGAACUGCCCCCGGUUUUGGCCUCUGGCCAUGGCUGGAGGGUUUGUGUGGGCUACAGGCAAUGUUACUGUUGUCCCUAUUGUUAAAACCAUUGGCUUAGCUCUUGGUCUUUUGAUAUGGGCUUCCUUUAAUUUGCUGACAGGCUGGGCAAGUUCAAGGUUUGGUUGGUUUGGAAUUGACCCAGAAGAGGUUUCAAGACCAAUUUUAAAUUAUAUUGGAGCUGGACUUUCAUUGUUGAGUGCUGUCAUAUUUUUUUUUGUAAAAACUGAAGUGCAGAAUUCUUCAGCUUCAUUAGAAAGCACCCCAUUACUGAGAGAAAGCUCUAUUAAUGUUUCUGAAAAUAAUUCUGAUGACUCGUGGGUGAACAGACUGUCUCCAACAAGAAAGAGAGUCAUAGGAUGUAGCCUGGCUGUAGUGUCUGGAAUACUCUAUGGUUCUAGUUUUGUACCUGUGCUUUAUAUCAAGGACCACGGCAGAAGAAAUGGCACUAUAUAUACAGGAGCAAGUCAAUUUGAUUUAGAUUAUGUUUUUGCACACUUCAGUGGCAUUUUUCUUACAAGUACGAUAUACUUCUUGAUCUACUGUGCAAUCAGAAAAAAUAAACCUCACGUUUAUCCCCAAGCCAUACUGCCAGGGUUCGUUUCUGGUGUGCUUUGGGCAAUAGCCAAUUGCUGCUGGUUCAUGGCCAAUCACUACCUCAGUGCUGUAGUCAGCUUUCCAAUAAUUACCACAGGUCCCGGCCUUGUCGCUGCAAUGUGGGGAGUCCUUGUAUUCAAAGAAAUCAAGGGCCUGAAAAACUACCUGUUACUCACAGUAGCAUUUUGCAUCAUUUUGGCUGGAUCCCUCUCUACAGCUUUUUCUAAAGUUUGAAAGCAUCAUUUAGACCAGUAGAUGGUGCUACUUUCAAAUAAAAUCCCUGGUAAGGAAGCUUGCAUCUUAGGACG